AUAAAAGUUAUCUCACUAAAUACUUCAGCCUCGAAGAGAUAUACUUCACUUUUCCAUGCAACCUAUAGACAAAACCCAUCAUAUAACUCUGCCUAGCUACAAGGGGAUGGAAAAAUAAAAUCCCAUAUACCUGAAAGGAGAGAAGAACCAGAUAUGGCUGAAUUUUCAUCUACAUGCUUCAGUCUUCUCUACACAAAGGGCUGCGAAACAGAUCUUUGUUUUGCACUCUAACUUCAAACAGAAUGAGUGCUCCUAAACUCCUCUCUCUGGGCUAUAUCUUCUUCCCCCUGCUGCUUUUUCAGCCGGCCUGGGCUCAAUUCCCAAGAGAGUGUGCCACUGUUGAGGCUUUGAGAAGUGGUAUGUGUUGCCCAGACCUGUCCCCCAUGUCUGGGCCUGGGACAGACCGCUGUGGUUCAUCAUCAGGGAGAGGCAGAUGUGAGGCAGUGACUGCAGAUUCCCGGCCCCACAGCCCUCAGUAUCCCCAUGAUGGCAGAGAUGAUCGGGAGGUCUGGCCCUUACGUUUCUUCAAUAGGACAUGUCACUGCAAUGGCAAUUUCUCAGGACACAACUGUGGGACAUGCCGUCCUGGCUGGAGAGGAGCUGCCUGUGACCAGAGGGUUCUCAUAGUCAGGAGAAAUCUUCUGGACUUAAGUAAAGAAGAAAAGAACCACUUUGUCCGGGCCCUGGAUAUGGCAAAGCGCACAACUCACCCUUUAUUUGUCAUUGCCACCAGGAGAUCAGAAGAAAUAUUGGGGCCAGAUGGCAACACACCACAAUUUGAGAACAUUUCCAUUUAUAACUACUUUGUUUGGACACACUAUUACUCAGUCAAGAAGACUUUCCUUGGGGCAGGGCAGGAAAGCUUUGGUGAAGUGGAUUUCUCUCAUGAAGGACCAGCUUUUCUCACAUGGCACAGGUACCACCUCCUGCGUCUGGAGAAAGACAUGCAGGAAAUGUUGCAAGAGCCUUCUUUCUCCCUUCCUUACUGGAAUUUUGCAACGGGGAAAAAUGUCUGUGAUAUCUGCACGGAUGACUUGAUGGGAUCCAGAAGCAACUUUGAUUCCACUCUAAUAAGCCCAAACUCUGUCUUUUCUCAAUGGCGAGUGGUCUGUGACUCCUUGGAAGAUUAUGAUACCCUGGGAACACUUUGUAACAGCACUGAGAGCGGGCCAAUUAGGAGAAAUCCAGCUGGAAAUGUGGCCAGACCAAUGGUGCAACGUCUUCCUGAACCACAGGAUGUCGCUCAGUGCUUGGAAGUUGGUUUAUUUGACACACCUCCUUUUUAUUCCAACUCUACAAACAGUUUCAGAAACACAGUGGAAGGUUACAGUGAUCCCACAGGAAAGUAUGACCCUGCUGUUCGAAGCCUUCACAAUUUGGCUCAUCUAUUCCUGAAUGGAACAGGGGGACAAACCCAUUUGUCUCCGAAUGAUCCUAUUUUUGUCCUCCUGCACACUUUCACAGAUGCCGUCUUUGAUGAAUGGUUGAGGAGAUACAAUGCUGAUAUAUCCACAUUUCCAUUGGAAAAUGCCCCUAUUGGACAUAAUAGACAAUACAACAUGGUGCCAUUCUGGCCCCCAGUCACCAACACAGAAAUGUUUGUUACUGCUCCAGACAACCUGGGAUACACUUAUGAAGUUCAAUGGCCAAGUCGGGAGUUUAGUGUACCUGAGAUAAUUGCCAUAGCAGUAGUUGCCGCUUUGUUACUGGUUGCGCUCAUUUUUGGGACUGCUUCUUGUCUGAUUCGUGCCAGACGCAAUAUGGAUGAAGCUAACCAGCCUCUCCUCACUGAUCAAUAUCAACACUAUGCUGAAGAAUAUGAAAAACUCCGAAAUCCUAAUCAGUCUGUGGUCUAACAAGUGCCCUACUCUCUUAUGAAUUAGUAUCACAAAACUACCUGGUUAAAUAUAAUAGAUUGAGUUAUUAACUGUA